GUGGUCUCCGCGGAGACCGUUAUAAAUGAACCUCCUCAGGGAAGCACAGCAGUCCCACGAGAGAACAACUUCACUUAUUUUAUUUACUUAUAUCUUUAAUUAAUGUAAAGCUAGAUUAGAUUUAAAAGCCAUAAUGUCAAUAAAUACUAGACACGGGCUUCCUUUCCUGCCAGGAAACUCAUUUCGGGAUUUAACGAAAUCCGCUUUCCACAGAGCUCAGACUCUGGAUUUUAAGAACGGUUACUCUCUGCCCCGGCGGCCCGCGGUCGGUACAGGACAAGAUCCGCUGCUGUCGGUGAACAUCAAUCACAGCGAGAGGAACCAGCUGAUCAGAGACAUCCCGAACCUGACCUACGGGACCGACACACACCGACCCCCGCCGCUCAGCUUCAUACCGGCCCACGCUGCUUACGACAAGAAGGUGCUGCGUUUCUAUGGUUACUUUCGGCAGGAAGUGUUGCACUCCCCGGAUGAGCACUUCCGCAUUCGUCCGGUGGUGAUUUAUUAUCACCUGGAGGACGACAGCAUGUGUGUGACCGAGCCUCCGGUGGAAAACUCUGGAAUUCCUCAGGGAAAGCUGAUCAAACGUCAGAGGCUGCCCAAAAACCAGCGCGGAGAUCUGUACCACUGGAAAGACCUCAACGUGCGGAUAGACAUGAGCUUGUUUGGAACGGCCUACAGGAUAACACACUGCGAUGCCUUCACACAGGACUUCAUGGAGAGUCAGGGAAUAGAACUAAAUGAGUCAGAGUCUAUUCCCAAUGAUCCGUACACCAUCCGGAGAGUUCAGGCUCAACAAACCCACAUCACACCUUACGACCACAAUCAUCAGCUGGAGCGCUUCCUCGCCCUGGAUCGACAGGUGCUGCGUUUCUAUGCACUCUGGGAUGACUCGGACUCUCUCUACGGGGAGAAACGGCCUGUAAUGCUGCAUUACUAUCUGGUGGACGAUUCGGUUGACAUCUGCGAACAUCACGAGGCCAACAGCGGCCGGGACCCGUUCCCAGUGCUGCUCCACAGACAGAAGGUUCCCAAACACAUCAAAUCAACCUGCGAGCCAUUCCCCAGCUGUGUUCUGGAAGUUUCUCCUCAAGACGUGGAGGAGUAUUUCUCUCCUCGAGACUUCAGGGUCGGUGAGGAGGUCACGCUGAUGGGGAGGCGCUUCCUGCUCUAUGACUGUGACGACUUCACCCGGAAAUACUAUGAACAGAAUCACCCCGACAUCCUGCUCAAACCACUUACUGUAGACACCAGAACACAGCAAGACAUCACGAAGGUGAUUCCGCCGUAUAAUGGCUUCGGUUCGCUGGAGGACUCGUUACAGAACUGUCUGUCCCUGAUUCCUGAACCGCCCAAGAAAGACGUGAUCAAACUGCUGGAGAACGACAACAAAGUCCUGCGUUACAUGGCACGGCUGGAUUCCCAGAAUCCCCUGGAUGAGGGCAGACGCUUCAUUCUGUCUUACUACCUGUCUGAUGACAUGAUCAGCGUCUUUGAGAGAUCAACACGUAAUUCCGGCAUCAUUGGAGGAAAAUUCCUAGAGAAAACUCGUGUCCCAAAACCAGGAAGCUCUGUGGAAAACCCAGAAUACUUCGGACCUGCAGACUUCUAUAUUGGAGCGACUGUGGAGGUGUUUGGCCAUCGGUUUGUCCUGAUGGAUGCUGAUCGUUACGUGUUGAGUUAUCUGGAGUCACUGUCCCAUCACAUCCCUGAACACACACUCUCUUCACUGAGGCAGAAGUUCGGGGUCAGUAAAACCUCAGACCAGGAGGAACAACAUGAAGCUGAGACUGAUGGAGCUGCGGUCGUCCUCCAGAACUGAGAUCUGCUCUAUAAUGCUUCCCAUCAUCACAAGAGACCAACAUAAAUACUUUUUUUUUUCUUUCGUGUUUGUUCUUUUUGACGUUGAGAUUGUUAAUGUAUUGUGGUGUUAAUGUGCAAUAAAGAGCAUAACUAUCUUUUGCUUAUGAACAUUAAGGCUGGGAAAAAAAGAAUAAAUAUUAAGGUA